AUGGUCCAAAAGCUCGUGCCCUUCUCGGACGGGCCACUGCGCGAGAAGAAGGUUCUCUCGCUCGGCUUCUAUCGCACCGGAUCGCAGUCUCUGAAAGAGGCCCUCACAAUCUUACACUACAAAGAUGUGUUCCACUCGUCUGCCAUCAUGGACGCGCCCGCCAAGUUCGCCAGCCUAGGCGCUGCGGCAGACGACAACAUAGCUUGUCUGCCCUCCUACACAGGACGGCACUGGAAUCGUGCCCAAUGGGAUCGCCUCUUCGGUCCUUGCGAGGCACUCACGGAUGUGACCCCUUACUCGUUGGACCUGCUUCGCGCGUAUCCUGAAGCAAAGGUUAUCCUCGUCAAACGGGAUUUCGACUCAUGGGCUACGAGCUACUUGAAUACGCUCUUUCUACCCUCCUCAGCCGGCAUCAUCCCAUGGCUAAGUGGCUGCGUCUUCGAGCCCAUGAUCGGCCUCAAAGUCAGCAGGAUCGUCUGGAAGUUUUACAUGGGCCUUUUUGGAGUCUGUGAUCUGCAGAAAGCUGGAGACAGGCAAAUCAUAAGAGCUGGGUACAAUCGACAUUACGACUUGAUUCGUUCACUGGUACCGCCGGAUCGUCUGCUCGACAUAGAUCUGAGGGACCUCUCGUGGGAGCCACUCUGCAAGUUCCUGGAGAAGGAUGUGCCGGUCCAGCCGUUCCCCAGGCUGAACGAAUCAAAGACAUAUGCUGAGUCGUGGACCUUGUUGCACAGAUGGGCGUUCGUCGGUGCCUUGGUCAAGAUCGUGCCAGCUUUACUGAUCGUCGCCGGGCUCACCUGGUGGAGCAAAUGGUACUUUGCUGGGAAUGGUCGUAUGAUCUGA